ACUAAAUUAAAUUAAAAUUAAUUAAAUUAAAUUAAUAAAGUAAUUCGAUUGGUCAGUGACACGUCACGUGGUGUCGAUCGCGACGUCUGUUCCGUUGAAAACCGUUUAUUGCGUAAAAUACGUUUUUUGACAAAUUUACCAUACUUCACAAAACAAACUUGCUAUGUGGUUAAUUAAAAGUACUUUUCCGCGCUAAUGCACCUGAUUUCACCUUAAAAUAGAGAUUAACUAAUCGUAUUUUAUCAUUAUCCAAGUGGACGUUGGUUUUGAGGGUAACAGGAGGAACUGAAGGCGGAGUUUGCAAACUUUAACCCACCGCAGACAGUCGGAGGAAUGUUCGCUUUAUACCUCCUACCAAGAGGGAGGAACCGUUAGAUCCGCACCUGCACGCGCACUACACAUCUGUCUUCAUUGAAUCCUUUAAAUGGACAUGCUUUUCUUAUGCUGUUUACAGACCCGUCCGGUUUAAGUGACUGAGUGCUCUUCAAUGAUGUCAGACAGCUCUUGUGUCUCCGGGGCCCCUCAGCGCCUGAUGCCUCUGGCCCUCAGAGGAGAAUGGAUGGCACUGGAACAGAAACUCAAGACUUUAGAAAAGGGAGAUCCGGACAUCUUCCAGUUCGACGAGGAGUCUGGCUUGAGCCUGCUGAUGGUCGCGGUGCAAGAGAGCCGUCUGUCUGUCCUUGACAGGCUGCUGGAACUGGGGGUCAAUCCAAGUGACAAAACAAAGGAUGGCAGAUCAGCGUUACACGUCGCUGCAGCUCACUCCAAAGACGAGAUCGUCAAACUACUGGCAAGAAAAACUGAUCCCAAUUUACCAGCAGGGCCCAGUCAUCAGUUGCCCCUGCAUUACGCAGCGUCUCGAGCGACCGGAGGACUCGGAGUCGUGCAAACGCUGCUCAAGUUCAGCAGCAAAGAUGCUCGUCUAACGCCAGACAAGGAUGGCUGCCUUCCACUGCUGCUGGCUGUCGAAGCCGGGAAUAUUGGGAUUGUGCGGGAACUCCUCUCCGGCCAAUCAGAGCCUCAGCUCAGAGCUGUGAAGACAGUGAACGGAGACACUGCGCUUCACAUCUGCUGCAGACGGAAAGAUGUAGAGAUGGCCAAAGUCCUGGUGGAGUUUGGUGCGAAUCCUGACUCUCAGAAUAAUGAGUGGCAGACUCCUCUGCACAUCGCCGCUCUGGAAGGAGACGAGAACAUGCUGAAGUUUUUAUACCUCUGCAAGGCCAGUCCUAACAUCUUAGACAAGAUGGACAGAUCUCCUCUACACAUCGCUGCAGAGCAGGGACACACCAAUGUCGUCGAGAUCCUCACCGAGAAAUUCAAGUCAUGUGUGUUAGCAAGAACGAAGGACGGCAACACACUUUUGCAUAUUGCGUCCCAAUGUGGUCACCCUGCGACUGCUCUCAUGCUCCUGAGGAAAGGUGUCCCGUUGUACAUGCCAAACAAGUCAGGAGCGGUUUGUCUUCACGCCGCGGCUAAGAGAGGCCACACAGCUGUGGUGAAGGCUCUGCUCCAGAAGGGGGCGCAUGUAGACGCCACCGCUAAAGACGGACAGACAGCUCUUCACAUCGCAGUGGAGAACUGCAAGCCGCAGGUGGUGCAGAUGUUACUGGGAUUCGGGGCACAUGUGCAGCUCAAAGGAGGAAAGGCACAGGAAACCCCUCUGCACAUCGCAGCGAGAGUGAAGGACGGUGUAAGGGUGGCUGAGAUGCUUCUGAAGAGCGGCGCGGAUGUGAACGCAGAGCAGGAGAACGGAGAGACCGCUAUGCAUGUAGCCGCGCGUCACGGCGCUCUGCAAAUGAUACAAGCGCUGAUCCAGGAGGGCGGAGACGUCACCUGGAAAUCAAAGUUUGAUGAAAACUCUCUCCAUGUUGCGGUGCGUCAAUGUCACGCUCAUGUAGUGAAGGAGAUUUUAAACUCUCUGACCAAUGAGAGAAGCCGUGAGGAGGCGGAGCUCUGCGUCCGUGAAGGGAACCAGAACGGCGAGACGCCACUGCACCUGGCAGCUGAGCUCAGGAGGGACACAGUGCAUAAGACGGACGAGGACAUCUGCAUCAUUAAGAUCCUAAUGGAGCAUCAUGCUGACAUUACUGCCGUCACCCGACAGAGUGGAGAGACACCUCUUCAUUACAGUGCCAGGGUGGGAAAUACUGCCGUUCUUCAGGAGAUGCUCAGUAACGUCCCCACCAACCAGCUCCAGACUGCCAUCAACAAACACGCCAAGAAUGGCUGGUCGCCGCUGCUGUUGGCCGCAGAGCAGGGUCACACAGAGGUCGUGAGGGUCCUGCUGCAGAACAAUGCCAGAGUGGACGUGUUUGAUGAGGAGGGGAAGGCCGCCAUCCAUCUGGCUGCAGAACAAGGCCAUCAAGACAUCGUGGAUAUCCUGCUGUCCCAUAAGGCCUUUGUGAACACCAAGACUAAACUGGGCCUGACACCUCUGCACCUCAGCGCUCGGACCGGGUCGGCGCGGCUCGUCCGGUUACUGGUGGAGACCCAUCAGGCCAGUGUUGAUGCGCUCUCUCUGAGAAAGCAGACGCCUCUUCAUUUAGCAGCCAUCAGCGGGCAGCUGGACGUCUGCAGCAGCCUAUUAAACCUGAAAGCUGACAUCACUGCCGUAGAUAUCCACGGACAGACUCCUCUUCAUCUGGCGGCGGAGAACGAUCACUCUGAGGUGGUGAAGCUGUUUUUGAGACACAGGCCUGAAUUAGCCACACUAGCCAACAUGGAGGGCACGACCUGCACACACAUCGCUGCGGCUAAAGGCAGCGCGGCUGUCAUCAGAGAACUGCUCACAUUUAAUCAAGGAGGACCGCUCACACUCAACAACAAGGCUAACGGCUUGUGCCCGCUGCAUCUGGCUGCCGCUGGUGGACACACGGAGGUGGUGAAAGUGCUUCUGGAGGCCGGAGCUUCAGUGAAAGAGGAGGAUGUGGAGGGCAUGACAGCCAUUCAUUUGGCAGCCAAGAACGGACACACUCAUAUUCUGGAGGUGCUGAAAGGAAGCGUUUCACUGAAGAUCCAAAGCUCCAAGACAGGAUUAACUGCUCUGCAUGUGGCAGCCUGUUUCGGACAGGUGGACUUUAUGAGAGAAAUCCUGACUGAAGUUCCAGCCACAAUACGCAGCGAAUUCCCAAACAACAGCGGCAACAGCAGCGGCAAAGAUGACAUGAAGAGACAACAGCCGUUAGCUGAGUCAGGUUACACUCCCCUGCACCUGGCGGCUCAGUCCGGUCAUGAGAACGUGGUUCGGUUGCUGCUGAAUUCUCCUGGCGUUCAGGCUGAUGCAGAAACAAACAUUCAGGGCUCCAGUCCUCUCCACCUGGCGGCUCAGAGCGGACACACGGCUGUGGUUGGACUGCUGCUCAGCCGCUCUGCUUCUCUGCUGCACCUGACCGACAAAUGGGGACGCACCUGUCUGCAUCUGGCCGCCGCACACGGACACGUGGCCAUGGUGAGAGUCCUGCUGGGACAGGGAGCGGAAAUCAAUCACACCGACACGAGUGGCUGGACGGCACUGCAUUACGCCGCUCAGGCCGGCUGUCUGGAGGUUUUGUCUUUGCUGGUGGAGAGCGGAGCGUCAGCGUGUGCUGAGUGUUGUGCCGGACGGACUCCGCUGCAGUUGGCCGCUCAGGAGAACCACGAGGCUGCCGUCAUCUUCCUGCUUAGAAGAGAGAAGAACACUCUCCGUCUGCUGGACGACAAGAAGUUUGUGUUCAAUCUGAUGGUGUGCGGACGGAUGAAUGAUAAUCUGGCUCUGGAGGAGUUGGUCCUUCAUUCUCCCGCUCCUCUGGAUACGUCCGUCCGUCUCUCGCGAGCUCUGACUCUGGCCGCACUCAGAGAGAAGGAGCGUUCAGUGGACCUGCACGCAGCCGCUCGUCAUUGUGAGGUCAUGGCCUCUGAUCUCCUGACCUUAGCCUCCUCAGCCGGGGGUCACGGCGCAGGUCCGAUUCUCAGGGCCAUGGAUCAUCGGGGUGCCAGCGUGCUGGACUGCCUGAUCGAGUGCCAGCAGAAAGCUGUGGUGUCCCAUUCGGCGGUGCAGACGUACCUGACGGACGUGUGGUACGGAAGCCUGCAGUUGGACUCCUGGAAGAUCCUGCUGCUGUUCUUCUGUUUGCUUAUCUGCCUUCCGCUGUGGCUGCUCAGACACAGCUUCAGCACCAUCCCAAUUGUGAAGUUCAUGAGCCACCUGGUGUCACACCUCUUCUUGUUGGCCCUGUUCAUCCUGACUAUCGUGUACCCACCCAUCAAUCCUCUAUCCCAGGGCCGUCUGGUGCCCGGCUGGUCCGAGUGUCUGUUGCUGAUCUGGCUUUGUGGAAUGCUGGUUUCCGAGUUGACUCUCCCAGGUAAGCGCACUGGAUUAGCCUGGAUUCGUCUUCUCCUCCUGGGUUUUUCUGCCGCGGCUCUACUGUGCCACCUGCUGGCGGUCGUCAGCCAUCUCUGGCCACUGAAUCACCUGCACUGCCUGUUCGUGCGGAACGUCUUUCUGGCUGUCGCCAUGACGCUCGGCUUCAUCCAGCUGCUGGAGUUCCUGACUUUCCAUCACUUAUUCGGCCCGUGGGCCAUAAUCAUCCGAGACUUGAUAAAGGAUCUAUGUCGGUUCGCCGUGAUCCUCAUGUUGUUCCACACCGCCUUCACACUAAGUCUCACAGCACUAUGCCAGCCGCUGUAUCCACCGGAUUGUGUCAACAGCACCGUUAACGCCACGGAAGUGAGAGUGCCGGAUCCGUUAAACAUAUCCGUGCUGCUCUUCUUCGCCUUGUUUGGUUUAACCGAACCAGAUAAAAUUCCCGUCGUGGAAUGCUCGCCUCCCGCGACGGCCAUUUUGGCUAAAAUGGUAUUCGGCGUGUAUCUGGUCGUGACGUUCAUCGUGUUGGUCAACCUCCUCAUUGCCAUGAUGAGCGACACGUAUCAGCGCAUCCAGGCUCAAUCCGACACGGAGUGGAAGUUCGGCCGUGCAGUUCUUAUCCGCGAUAUGUGUCGCAAAUCUGGAAUUCCGUCCCCGUUCAACCUGUUCACCAACCUGUUCUACUCCAUCAAGGUUCUCUGCAAGUGUGCAGGGAAGAUCUGUUCUGUGGAGAGUCGUUAUGUGACGAACGAGGAUGAAGACGCUGAAGGUUUGUCUGACUCUCGUUCUCUAGAUCAUCUGGCUCAAACAUCUGUCAGCUGGGUCAGAAGGAACAAGAGGACGCAGAUCCUCCCCGAGGGUGGUCAGAUCACGAUGUCCAGGUCUGGAGGACAGGUGCACGUGGAGAACGUUGUUGAUUGGCCGUCGGUGGUCCAGCAGUUUUUAACCCAGCGUAGACAGAGGGACAGAUCACUGGAGGAUGAAUGACCGACAGCUCACCAUGAUGGAUGAGUUUGCACUGCCUAUAUGAGCACCAGUCCAACCACAUCACUUCCUGUUUAAUGCUGUCAGCUUCAGCAUAUCACAGCCUUUGCCUUUAUCUGAUGUUGACUCCUCACUAGUCACUUUAAUGUAAGAUGUCAUUUACUGCACACUACUGGUCAAAAGUUUGGGGUCGGUAAGAUUUUUUAAUGUUUUUGAAAGAAGUCUCUUCUGCUCACCAAGGCUGCAUUUAUUUGAUCAAAAAUACAGUAAAAAAUCUGAAAUAUUAUUACA